ACGAAGUAUAAACCUCAUCAUGGACCACAUUAAACUAAUCAGGAACAAAAUUGACAUAAAUCAUAUACAUCAACUUAUAAUUGAUCAAAGCUGUGGAGCUUGUUCAUUUUUUGUAGGAACAACACGUGACCAUUUUGAAGGGAAAAAGGUGAUAUCAUUGGAAUAUGAAGCCUAUGAGAGCAUGGCUUUAAAAGAAAUGGGAAAGAUCUGCUCUGAGCUAAGAAUCCGGUGGCCAACUCUAAAGCAUAUUGCGAUAUAUCAUCGACUCGGAAGCGUUCCUGUAGCUGAAGAAAGUGUAGUGAUUGCCGUUUCUGCGCCUCAUCGCCCAGCGGCAUUGGAAUCGAUUAGCUUUGCUGUAGACAAGCUGAAGUCGAGUGUGCCUAUAUGGAAAAAGGAAAUAUAUGAAAAUGAUCAAAUCGGAGAAUGGAAAGCAAAUAUGGAGUGCCCUUGGCCCCAAUUUACUGAAACAUCUUCAAACGCCUUUGAAUAUUCUUUAUGCAAAAUUGAACGCCAGGUAGAAAAUAUUUCUGAAAGUAAACUUGUGCAAAUCAGGACUUCAAGCAACAAUUGAGAGAUAGUCCACGCGCAGAAUCGAUGCUACCAAAAGAUUCAUGUGCGCGCACUCAAAGUACCCUUGUAAAGCAACAACAAUCAAUCAGUCAUAUAAAGGUGCACCGCGCUUUUGAAGAUAGGAGACAAACACGGCCUGACUAUUCCUCUCAAUUAAAUAAGCUAAUGGCUACAAAACAUA